AUGAGAGGUGAUGUGAUGAUGGUGGUAGGGGGAGAAGUUCUGAGGAUGGUAUUAGGCAGUUGGCGACGGCAAGAGUGGUUUGCGACAAUGAUGGUUGUGGUGGUGGUGGUGGAUGUGGGAUUGCAAUGGCAAACUAGUGGUAAUGGUGGCAAUAGUAGUUGCGAUGGCAGUGAUGAUGAUUGGGCUGGUUGUGGCAACGAUGAUAGCAAUGGUGCUCGUGGCGACCAUGAAAAUAUGGUGGUGUACGUUAGUGGUGGUGGCACAAUUUAA